CUCUACUGCAGUCAAUCCUCUUUGCCCCCCAUCAGCAGCUGUUUUUUCAGCAUAAUAACCACAACACCCACACCAUAUCGAACGCCCCGAAAUAAUAAAAAGCCGUAUUUGACGGGCUGUCUGCUCAGUGGCUGUGUGAAUCAUCAGUUAUCUUGGCUGUUGGAGAUCUGUUCUGGUUCAGUGACAGUGACGUAUGGAACGGAAUAAAAAUUGUCUGCUUCCGUGCUUUGUUCACGUUUCCAUUUCCUCCGAGGUGCUGUCAAUCUCGAAACAUUUUUAUUUAUCCAAAAAUUCUGAAAAAAAACAACAACAACAACAAGAAUAACAGUGAAACUCGUGUGAACAACAGAUAAAUCAACCACCUGUGACAGAAAAAUCACUUGCAGGAUUGAAAAAGAGAAUUAGUGCAUUAAAAUUUUGUUGGACAACAACAAAAAAUAAUAAAGACAAGUCCAACAGUCAACAAAGAUCAAAAUUCAUUGUCAUCAGGAGAUAAUGACAUGAGGUGGAGGCAUGCAUGCUGUUGACAGAUAACAAAGAACAAUCAUUCGAGGAAGUCUAAGUAAUAAUAAGAAGAAUAGGGGGGCGUUAUGGAGGGUGGCAUAAUAGAAACACCAGAUCCGAGUCAGAAUGCAUCGAGUUACGAGGACGUGGCAAACAAUGGAUGUUGUAAUCCAAAGGGGAAACCAUGGAGAUUUCUAGGACUGGCACUCAUGUGUCUGCUGGGCUUUGGCUCUUAUUUCUGCUACGACAAUCCUGCUGCCUUGCAGGAUUACUUCAAGAAUGACCUGGAAAUGUCCACCAGCCAAUUCGUACUCCUUUACUCCAUCUACUCCUGGCCAAAUGUCGUUAUGUGUUUUAUUGGAGGAUUUCUCUUAGAUAGUGUCUUCGGAAUUCGUCUCGGGACCAUCAUUUACAUGGGACUGGCACUCGCUGGACAACUUCUGUUCGCCACUGGAGCUGUUUUCAAUGGUUUCUGGACAAUGAUGCUUGGACGUUUAAUAUUUGGAAUUGGAGCAGAAUCUCUGGCUGUAGCUCAAAACAGCUACGCUGUCCUCUGGUUCAAGGGAAAAGAAUUGAACAUGGUAUUUGGUCUCCAACUCUCCUUCGCAAGACUAGGAUCAACAGUUAAUUUCCUAGUGAUGGAGCCAAUCUACGGUUACGUAUCAAAACUUUAUUCAGGCUCUCAGUGUAUUGGGGUGGUUCUCUUCCUGGCAGCUCUCACCUGCGUAUUCUCCAUGCUAUGCGCUGUGUUCCUGGGCCUAAUGGACAAACGAACCGAGACUGUACUUCGUCGAGGUCAUGGCGAAGAGCAACCGGUCAUCAGACUGACUGAUGUCAAAUAUUUCAACGGAAUCUUCUGGUUUAUAGCCGUUAUCUGCAUCGCCUACUACGUCGCAAUUUUCCCCUUCAUCGCACUGGGAAAAGUUUAUUUUAUGAGGAAAUACGACUUCAGUGCAGCAUCAGCCAAUACAGUGACUUCUCUGAUUUAUUCAAUCUCAGCAGUGGCUUCACCUGUCUUUGGAUAUGCUGUGGACAGACUGGGAAAGAAUGUUCUUUUUGUUUUUCUCAGUAUUAUUGGGACCAUUGUGGCACAUGGAUUGCUGGCAUUUACAUUUGUCGAUCCUUACGUCUGCAUGAUCACCCUGGGCCUUUCUUAUUCAAUGCUGGCUAGCAGUCUCUGGCCUCUAAUUGCUCUCGUUAUACCUGAGUAUCAAUUGGGAACAGCUUAUGGAAUCGCUCAGGCUGUGCAGAAUCUUGGGCUUGCUGUCGUAUCGAUCCUUGCUGGGAUGAUUGUGGAUAAAGGGGGGUAUCUCAUGCUCGAGAUGUUCUUCCUUGGGUGGCUUUGGGUAUCUCUCAUUACAUGCGUAAUCAUAUGGGUGAACGAUCUAUCUCAAACCGGAGGCUAUCUAAAUAUGACACCAAAACAACGAGAGAUCUAUGAAGCUAGUCGGCCAACAGCGGAUAGACUGGAGCGUGAAAAACUCCUAUCCAACGAAUCAACAUCCGAUUUAUCCGCCGAUGACCUGUUACAGCCCCAGUCCGACAUAAGUAUACGAAAUCGCUAUCUCUCCAGAAUUGGAGCGACGCUCCCAGGGCCGGUUAAAACCACUACGUACAGAGCACUACGAUGACCGCUCAUCGUUUAGGCCCAUUUAAUAGCAUAAUCCAUUAACAUCUCGUGUGUCGGACGAUAAUCGAUAUUGCUCACUGUGUCUUCCCCCCUGUCGUAGCAUGGCAUAAUUAAUCUGUGAUACAUUGAUAGAAUUAACGUUAACGUAAGAGAAUAAUAUAUCGAGGAUUUAUUAACAGAGACAUUUUAUCGCCAGAGGUUGAAUCUGUAAUUAAUCAUUGGAAAAUUGUCCAGCGAGGAGCAGUGACGCACAAUAAUUAUUGAAGAGAUAUAUUACGUGAUAAGUUGUUUAUUGCGUAUGAAAAAUGGCGACAAGAUCUUUUUGUGGUAUUUACUCUAGGAUUUCGUUGUAGGAUAAAGAAUUGGAGAUUCGGAAUUUUAAAUAUGAAAGAUCUUGUUGUCAAUUUUUAUAUUUGAUGGAGUCAGAACUGGUGGAAGAGAUUGAUUCAAGAGAUUGAUCUGGAAUUUAUUCAUCUUCUUUCACCCUUUCAUAACUGCAUAUAUUAUACGAAGUAACACGUGCAUUUUAUAAAUAAUUAAGCAAUGAAAUUCGAAAUGAGAAUAAUGAUUGUGAGACAUUUUCUUAAGUGUGUGGGUACACAGUAAUUCUGUUUUAUAAUAAAACAUCUAAUCAUUCCAAUUUAAUAA